UCCGCGAUGAUCUGCUCUCGCUCUACUUCUCGCAUGGCCAUGAUCUCAGCCUUUUCGGCCUCGCUGAUAAACAUGCCGUCAACGGGGUACUUGUCGUCGCCGCCAGCACCCGCGAUACCAGCAGAGCGGCCCGCGCCGCGACUGGGCUCUGCAUCGGAGUCGGAUUCAUCCAUCGAAGCUGAUUCAAGAGAGUUGUGUGAUGGCGCAUCAGAUGCCUCGCCUUCAUCUUCCGACUCAUCCUGUUUUGACCGCCGCUUUGGUUUCGUUUCUGGUGAUUGAGGCGUCUCGUCUUCUGAGGCUGGUGGCGGCGACGCCGAUGCCUCUCUGCUGGCGACCACGGAUCCCUCGUCGUCCGAAUCACCGCCCGCAAGGGCCAGGAGUUCGUCGUCGAUGUCAGCCAUGAUGGAAAUCUGGUGUAGAUGCAGUCCUCGAUGGCCGAAAUAUGCUGUUCAGGGGGUUGUUUUGCAGAGCGGUGGCGAGAAAAGGCCCAACGAUGUCGCAAAUGUUGGGAGGGGAGUCCAAAGGAGCAAACGCGACAGCGAUUCUCGUCUCGAGCCGGUAGUAAGAUGUGAUACGGCGGUGUCAGGAGGGGCAAGAAAGACCUCAGAGCAGAAAAUCCGUUGGUCGAUUCAAUUGUCGUGUCUGUCAACUGAGGGACCAGCGAAGAAGAGGGAUUAAGCACAGCGAAUUGAAGAGCAAAGGAGGGAAGAAAGCCUCGAGCGCCUGAGCCGCAGCACUAAAGCUGCUCGCUAUUGCACUUCUGCCCGGCAAUUAACGCGACGCCCCGUAGCCAAGUCUCCGGCGCUGGUGGCGGAAAAGCGUUUGUCCGUAACAACGACGUCUCUGGCCAAUCGGCAGCGCUGCCGCAUGCAGGUCCCCGUAGGAUAUUCUGCGUCAUGCCUGCAUGGGCCGAGUUCUAAAAGUCGCUAUGCCGUGAUACGGAAACCGGCGUGGGCGAUGAGGUUGAUGAGCCUGGACUGGCAAUCUUCAUAUAUUCUGUCCUUCUAGCUGCUCUCAGAUGAACAUGGCCCCAACACGAUGCCUCGCCAGACAGGCUGGUGUCAUUGGUAGACACUUUCUACCUGCAACUCGCCCUCUGUCUACCAGCGUCCUCCUCCGAGCUCCCACCACGGCAUCAUCAACCUCCGAGCCUUCAAGCUCAAGCUCUCCCAAGAAGCUCAAGCCUCUCACUCAAGAGCAGCGCGACUUUCUCUCCUCUGCUCUUCGAGUCAACCAAGCCGGCGAACUCGCCGCAACACUCAUCUACUCCGCCCAAACCCCCAUCGUCGUCCGCAAACACCCUCACCUCCGCCCUCUCAUGGCUCACAUGUACGACCAAGAAGCCGUCCAUUUCUCAACCUUCAACAGCCUCAUCCACAAACACCGCGUCCGCCCCACGGCCCUCUACCCGCUAUGGUCCGUCCUGGCCAGCGGCCUUGGCUGGUCAACCGCAAUUUUGGGCCGAGAGGCGGCCAUGGCCUGUACCGAGGCCGUCGAGACCGAAAUAGGAAACCAUUACAACGAACAAAUCCGUUCCAUCCUGGAGAUGAUCUCUAGCUGGGAGGCGCAAGGAUACGAUGUUGGUGGUGAGAUUAAGCAGUUGGUGGACACUCUGCGAACGAUACGAGACGAAGAGCUCGAACACCUGGACCACGCUGUGGAUAAUGAUGCCAGAAAAGCAGAGCCCCACUGGCUACUAACCAACGUCAUCAGAGCUGGCUGCCGUGGGGCGAUAUGGGUGAGCGAAAAGGUUUAAAUGAAACUUGAGGCCUUUUGAAAAAUAAUCUGGAUAUACACUUAGCGUAACAUGGUGUGGGACACAUGUAAAACGUAUAUAUAUAUACAUGACCAUGUAUUAUUAAAUAUGUGUGAGUUCAUUACAGUAGCUUAUACGAAACCAAUUGAAGCAAGUCGCCAUGCUUUUUUGAGUAUCUAAAGAAAAAUAGAAAAGGCGAUGCUAUGGCAGAAUGAUUUCCGGACCUCGAUUUGUGCGAUGACCGCCUUAAUGUUGUAUGCAAUAACGUCUCUAUCCCAUUGUAAAUGCAUCGGAAAACACCUACUCCUUGCAUGACUCCUUGCGCCGGCCCAAAAAGUUAAAAAAAAAAAAAAUGAUACACCAAAGAAAGAUUGGUUAAUUGUAAAUGGCAAUAGGUGCCACUCCAUCCACCUGGUAGCCCCAGUUCCCGUUGUGCUCUUCUGUAAGUAGCCAGUCAUAUGGGAACUCGACCACGUUUCCUUGGACCAAGCCCAAAAGCUGCUCGGCCUCGCCACGCGUAGGCAUCUCCUCAAUCAAGAGUCCGCGCCGGCUGCCCUUGGUAGUGGCUCGGCGUCGGCGCUUGACUGUUCCGCCAGUGGCCGUCGCUGUUGCCGGCGCCAGGGGAGGAGCAGCAUUAGUGUCCUUGGAAGACGGCUUGUCCAGCGUUGAGAAAUUUGGCCUACGGUCUCGGCUUUUGCUUCGCGAAACUGGCUUCGAAGAAGAUGAAGUGUCCAUGGUGGGGAAUGGCACGUCCCCUUGAGCAUAAACAGGUGAAGGCGGCUCCAACGAGCUUUGGUUUUCUGUCGUCGUUCCAUCAACAGGCGGGGAGCGAAGAGCUGAGUCCUCUCCGCUGCUGCCACGAGAAACCGGCUUGCCGUUUGCGUCAUCGCCUUCAGGCUCGGGCAGUUGAAUCUUGGGCUGAUCUUCCGUCUUUACAGCUGCUUCGUCACGACGAGGUUCAGUC